AUGCCCGCCCAGAAGCGCCCGCUCCCGUCGCCCACCCCCGAUGAUUCCGAAGGCCGCGUCGCAGUGCGGCACACCGCCGCCAGCGGUGAUGGAGGCAGGGGCGGAGCCUCACAUGAGAUGGAUGGGGAGGCCUCCGCGCGUCAGGAGCGCCCGCCGCAUCGGGGGCCUCGCGACGGUGAUCCCGACGACAAGGAGGUUGGUGGCUGCGGCGGAGGAGACGGAACCGACACCAACGGCGAAUCGUCCCAGUCCGCGAGCGCCGGAAGCAUGGAAGAGUUUAUGCUAGUGAAAUUAGCAGACAUAAGGAAGGAGGUUCAGUGCCCUAUCUGUUUAGGUAUUAUCCGGAAGACAAGGACAGUUAUGGAAUGUCUGCACCGCUUCUGUAGAGACUGCAUUGACAAAUCUAUGCGGCUAGGAAAUAAUGAAUGUCCAGCAUGUCGCACUCAUUGUGCAAGUAGACGUUCUUUGAGGGACGAUCCUAAAUAUGAUGCACUGAUUGCAGCCUUGUAUCCAGAUAUUGACAAGUACGAGGAAGAGGAACUUGCUUUCAAUGAGCAGGAGAGGAUUCGGAAUCAAAAGAUACAAGAAACCAUUGAGGAAACAUUCAGAAGACAGUCCGAGGCAAUUGGUAAGAAACGUUCUACGGCAAAAGCAACUGCCACUGCCUUUUCAAGGAAGUACAGGAGAAAUAUGCGAACACGGGGAAGAGGUAGAACUAUUACCCCUGAUAUUGCCCCUACUGGCUCUGAUGAGGAGGAUAGGGAAGAGGAAAAUGCCAAUGAGGUCACCAAAGCGCCAUCUUCUGCUGACGAUCAUUCUCCAGAUUUAAGACAGAAAAGAUGCAGGAAGACGUCUGCAUCACAAGCAUCGCCUGCUAGAACCAUUGGCAGUAGUGAUCACAGCUUUGAGGAGAAUGAUGAAUUAGUUGGUGGAAAAGAAUUUUUAGCCACCUCUCCGUUGCGGGGAGAGAUGCUUGCAUGGGGGAAAAACGGUACACGGAGCCAAAAUCGACAUGGCAGUGCUGGUUCAAAUGGCAGGAUUGGAAGGAGUGCGCGCGUUGCAAAAUUGGUGGAUCACCUCCGUAAUGCUGAUGAAAUGGAUAAAGAGUUCCAGUUGUGUCUGGUUCUGCUUCCUGUCGAUGGACAAGCCAUACCUAACUUGGAAAAGCCUUAUCUAAGUUGUCGGCCAACCUUGUCCGUUCAACAUCUUGUACAGUUAAUUGCUCUUCAGUUGUCUCGGAAAGUCGAAGAACUUGAGAUGUACAUAAGGAUGGACCACCACCAUGGAAGUGUUGGCUCGAUGGCUUCCAGUACAGGUGAAUUUGAUGGCUUGGAAAGACUGAGGGAAGAUAAACUUCUUUCGGACCUUCAUCCUUCAUUUGCCUCUAGCAACGGCGAUAUGGAGUUGCGAUAUGCUUUGAAAACUCGAGACUAG